UGAAAACGUAUCCAUGCAAGUGGAAGUGUAAGAAUACACCAGGGAAUUACACGUGUCACUGCCCACUUGGCAUGUUCGGCGAUGGCAAAGUGGACUGUGUCGGAUUUCGUCUUACGCCUGUCUUCUCAAUUUGUGGGGUGGCCAUAAUUGUUGUGAUUAUUAUCCUUGUAUUUUGGAUAAGGUACAAGAGAAGAAACAAACUCAGAAAUUUUCUGAAAAAUGGGGGGUCAUUGUUGAAGAAUCAAAAAAUCAAGAUUUUCAGUGCAGAUGAGCUUGAGAAGGCAACCAAUAUGUAUGAUGAGAAUCAACGUCUUGGCCAAGGAGGCUUUGGUUCAGUAUACAAAGGAACUUUACCAGACAAGUCAUUGGUAGCUGUGAAAAAGGCCAAUAAGGUAGACAAGACACAAAUCAAAAACUUCCAAAAAGAAGCGAUAAACGAGCAAGUUCUACAUGAAAUUAACAUGAUUUCACAGGUCAACCAUAAGCAUUUGGUGAAGCUUUUAGGUUUGUGUUUGGAGACAAAAGUCCCAUUGCUCGUUUACGAAUUCGUCUCUAAUGGAACACUAUUCAAGCAUCUCCAUAUCGUGCACUCGGAAUUUUUAAAAUUAUGGUCAAACCGAUUAAGGAUUGCUGCAGAAACUGCCAUGGCCUUGGACUAUCUACACUCGCUUGCUGUCCCACCAAUCAUUCACAGAGAUGUCAAGUCCACCAACAUUCUAUUGGAUGAAAACCACACUGUCAAAGUUUCUGAUUUUGGGUCUUCUGUAUUGAUUCCGCCUGGUCAAAGUUUUGUUGCGACAAAAGUACAAGGAACUCUUGGCUACUUAGAUCCGGAGUACCUAAUUACUAGUGUUCUUACUGUAAAGAGCGAUGUUUAUAGUUUCGGGGUUGUACUUAUGGAACUCUUAACCGGAUGGUUUCCAAAGCCAAACCCAAAUUCUGAUGAAAAUAGGAACACUAACAUCAUUCAGUAUUUCAUUACCUCGGUGGAACAGAAAAAAUUCUCACAGGUUUUGAAUAACUAUGAGGUUAGCGACGUACGGGAAAGUGAGCAAAUUGAAGCGGUGGCUGAGCUUGCUGUGAGAUGUCUCAAUAGGAGUGGCAUUGAACGACCUACAAUGAAGGAGGUUGCUGAACAACUCCUUGGUCAUAUGAGAUUGCAAGAGACCUUCCACGCUCAAGAACAGCCUGAAGAGACUGAGAGCUUGUUAGGCCACAUGACCAACAUAAAUGAUGACAUGUUUGACUCAGACUUGGAAAACAAUUACAAGACAUGUUUUGAUAUUGAACUCCCAUAA